AUGGCUGUCCAGGAUAUUGACAAGUCCCCCGCUGGCCCCGCACUGCUGACGCCUGUCGAGGGCGAGAAGCAGGACGAGACGACAGUCUCACUUUUGGUGACAUGGGACGGCGAUGAUGAUGCCCAGCACCCAUUUAAUUGGCCACAGCUCCGUAAAUGGGCCAUCACGAUUCUUCUCUCUAACGGCGGCUUGGUCACUCUCAUGUCUGGGGCCAUGCUAGCACCGGCCCUCCACUCCAUAUCGCAGGACCUCGAGACCGACGAGGAGGAAACCCAGAUUUUCCUUUCAAUAUUCAUCCUGGCCUUUGCUUUUGGGCCCAUGGUCCUCUCGCCACUGGCCGAGGUCUUCGGCCGGCGCCCCGUAUGGCUACUCGGCAGCUGCUUCUACGUCUUAUGGAAUACCGUCGCGGGCUUUAGCAAGACUCCCGGCCUCAUGAUAGCGAGCCGUAUCCUCUCCGGCCUUGGUGCCAGCGUUGAGUUUGCCAUCACUCAACCCGUCCUAUCUGACUGCUGGAAGCCGGACGAGCGUGGCAAGUCAUUCUCAAUCGCCACCUUUAUCCCGCUACUUGGGCCAGCAAUAGGCCCCAUUAUCGGUGGUGCCGUGACACAGUCCAUUGGCUGGAGAUGGACGUUCUGGAUUCUAUCUAUCUACGACGGAAUCCUCAUAUUCGUUGGGAUAUUUGUUCUCCAGGAAACAUACGAGCCAAUCCUGCUGGCAAAGAAGGCUGCAAGGCUACGGAAAGACACUGGCAAAUCCUACUUUAUCGACGCCGAGUCUUUGUCAUUGACCGCCAAGCUAUCCCGUUCUCUUUCCCGACCAUUUCGACUACUUUUUACGCAGCCAAUCCUCCAGGUGAUCGCCAUAUUCCUUGCCUACAACUUUGGCAUACUUUAUAUAGUCUUGUCGACAUUCGCCACUCUAUGGAUCCAGCGCUACGGACAAACCGAAUCCCAGAGUGGACUGCACUAUAUCGCUAUAGUGAUCGGCUACACAAUCGCCGCGCAAGUGGGUAGCAGGGUAAUGGAUCGGUUAUGGGCAUAUCUCAAGGCCAAACACGGCGACGAUACGGCACCAGAGUAUCGGGUGCCGCUGAUGGUACCUGGUGCCAUUCUUAUCCCCUUGGGUCUGUUUAUCUACGGAUGGACUGCAGAACGCCAUGAGUACUAUCACUGGAUCGUGCCUGACAUCGGCAUCGGCAUUUUUGGUUGUGGUAUCAUCCUCAACACCCAGGCCAUGCAGGCCUACGUCGUCGAGGCAUAUCGUAAGUACGUGGCCUCUGCUUUUGCCGCGGCCCAAUUCUUGCGCAGUGUCGCCGGCUUUGCGUUCCCCAUAUUUGCGCCGUCCAUGUAUCGCAACCUUGGGUACGGCUGGGGCAACACGAUACUCGCAUUGACAUUUGUUGUCAUUGGCUGGCCUGCACCCUUUCUGUUGUGGAAAUAUGGCGCAAAGUUGAGGGCAAUGGGUAAGCCACAGUGGUGA